AUGAUGGACAGCGAGAUCCCCCAGAUUGCCCGCGAGCUUCAAUUGACCGAAGGGCAGGUUGAGGCCACGGUUGGUUUGCUGGACGACGGCGGCACGGUGCCCUUCAUUGCACGGUACCGCAAGGAGAAUACCGGCAGCCUUGACGAGGUGGCGAUCACAGGCAUUCGGGACCGGUUGGCGCAGCUGCGAGAACUCAGGGACCGACGGGAGGCCAUCCUGGCUUCCCUGGACAAGCGGGGUCUGCUCAGCGAGGAAUUGCGGAAGGCCGUUCUAUCUGCCGAAACCAUGGCAGUCCUGGAGGAUACCUACCUGCCCCACCGGCCCAAGCGGCGUACCCGCGCGGCCAUCGCCAGGGAAAGAGGGCUGGAACCCCUGGCGUUGCGCCUCUGGGGUCAGGACGAUUUUGACGUCACCCGGGCUGCUGAUGAGUACGUCAACCCCCAAGCGGGCGUGGCAAACGCCAGCGAGGCCCUGAAUGGAGCCCGGGACAUAAUCGGCGAGUGGGUCAGCGAGGACCCCACCGCGCGGAAGGAAAUCCGGGAGCUGUUCUGGUCGCAGGGCGCCAUUUCCGCCGCGGUGGCCUCGGGCAAAGAAUCGGCAGCGAUCAAGUACCGGGAUUACUUUGCCUGGCAGGAACCGGUUGCCAGCGCGCCUUCCCACCGGAUCCUGGCCAUGCUCCGGGGCGAGAAGGAAACAUUGCUUUCGGUCCGCAUCGCGCCGCCGGUAUCGGCGGCAACCGCGAUCCUGGAGCGGAUCUUCGUCGGAGCAGAAACGGAGGCCGCCGUGCAGAUCCGGCUGGCCAUUCGGGAUCGAUACCGACCGUUGCUGGAAUCCCCAAUGGAAAGGGAGGUCCGCAAAGCAGCGAGAGUUCGUGCCGAGGACACCGCCACCGGGGUAUUCGCCGACAAUCUCCGCGAGUUGCUGCUGGCGCCGGCCCUCGGCCAGAAGAACACCCUGGCCCUGGAUCCCGGGUUUCGCUCCGGUUGCAAGUUGGUGUGCCUGGACCAGCAGAGCCAUCUGCUGCACCACGACACCGUCUAUCCGUUGCUCGGGGAACGGGGCGAGGCGGAAGCCGCCGCGAAAAUACUCCUCCUGUGCCGUCAGUACCAAAUCGAGGCCAUCGCCGUGGGCAAUGGCACCGGCGGCCGCGAGACCGAAGCCUUUCUGAGGACCCUGGGGUUGGACCCCAAGAUCGCGGUGGUCAUGGUCAACGAGAGCGGGGCCUCGGUCUACUCAGCGUCGGAGGCGGCGCGAGCCGAAUUCCCGGAUCAGGACAUCACCGUCCGGGGAGCGGUCUCCAUCGGUCGCCGGCUCAUGGACCCCUUGGCCGAACUGGUCAAGAUCGAUCCCAAGUCCAUCGGUGUGGGCCAGUACCAGCACGACGUUGAUCAAAAGGCUCUGAAGGAACGCCUGGACGAUGUGGUGAUCAGUUGCGUCAACCAGGUGGGGGUGGAACUGAACACCGCCAGCCCAGAGUUGCUGUCAUACGUUUCCGGCCUGGGACCCCGUUUGGCCAAUGCCAUCGUGGAGUACCGGAACCGCAACGGCCCUUUUGCCUCCCGGGAUUCCCUGAAGAAAGUGCCGCGCCUCGGCCCCAAGGCUUUUGAACAGGCGGCCGGGUUUUUGCGCAUCAGAGCGGGCGCCCAGCCACUGGACGCCAGCGCGGUGCAUCCCGAGUCCUACCCGGUGGUGGAAACAAUCGCCAGGGACCUGGGCCGUCCGUUGGGACAGGUGCUGGGCGACGCCCGUAUCGCCGGCAAGAUCGAUCUCGCCCGCUACGUCAACGAUCGGAUUGGCCUGCCCACGCUGGAUGACAUCAUCAAAGAAUUGGCCCGGCCGGGACGAGACCCACGCCAGGAGUUCGAGCCUUUCGACUUCGCGGCCGGCGUCCACCGUAUCGAGGACCUGACGGUGGGCAUGAAAUUGCCCGGGGUGAUAACCAACGUUACCGGUUUCGGCGCCUUCGUCGAUGUCGGCGUACACCAGGACGGGCUGGUGCACAUCAGCCAACUGGCUGAGGGGUUCGUCCGCAAUCCCUCUGAUGUUGUCAAAGUACAGCAGCGGGUGUGGGUAACGGUGCUCGAGGUCGACCUGCAGCGCAAACGAAUUGCCCUGUCGCUGAAGUGA